GGCUCUCUCUAAUUCUCCUGUCGAGACUUUUACUAUCAUUGAAUUUGACUCGACAAAGAUGACCAUGAGAGUGUUGUCCAAGCGAGAUGACUUGAUGAGGGCACACGAGAAGAAGUGCAAAGGAGGCAAAAAGAAGUGAAAAACUGUGAAGGAUAGAAAAAAAAGGAAGAAAGGACGCACGACAGCCAUACUUAGAAAUAACUCUCAACUCACCUAACGUCAGCACAGUUUCAAUUCAGCAAGCAGUUUUUUCCAUCUCUCCUACCAACAAGACUCAUACUUAUACCAUAGAAAUUGAUAGAACCAGAAAGCAAAAUACUAGUACUCAAGCCCAAAAAGGAAAGGAAGGAGAGUCGAAACUUAGCUUAGCUAUAAUUAAAAGUAGCACGUUUCUCUUCUAAGUUUCUUAGUCUCGCAAGAAUCUAAUUAAAGGACGUCCAAACACCUCUUGUUAGGCACAUUCAUUCACUCAUUCAUUCAUUCAUUCAUUCUCAUCUUCAAAAUUGAAAUUAAUAUCAAAUUUGAAGGAUGAUGCAAAAGGCAAGCAAGGUGGGCGCCUUUGCGCUCCUUUUUCCUUCCCAAGAAAGCGAGGGCUUGCAGCGCCACGCAGCCAUCGAUGAGGGAGGUGGAGUCAUCGACUUCGAAGAUACUAGCGCAAGACCAUCUAGCUUCACUCAGAACAAAGAACAAAAGAAAUCCGAGAAGGAAGUAAAGUUCUUGGCUGAUGAAUCAGACACAGACAGCGAGUACCCGAGAGGGAGUCACGCUGGCGAUUUGAUGCCCGUGUCGGUGCCGUCGACGGAAAGCGACGCCGAUUCCCACGGACUUGCACGUGAAAAUGGCUUGGUGCGAGCCGUGAUACGGGAUACCUUGGAGGAACAUAGCCGCCAACAAUCAUCUGCUUCUGCGUGGACGAUUGAAGAUGCGGAUUCACUUUCGUCCGCACAAGAUUUGCAGGAUCAUAGUCUACAAUCACCUGAUUCUGCGAAGACGAUUGAAGGAGAGGCGGAUCAGCAACGUUUCGCUCUCGGCGUUUUGCAGGAGGAGAGGCGGAUGUCCGCCCACACCUUUACGAGCCGGGAAGGUGCUUCACAGCGUCAGCGUCCACAGCCAAAAGCUAUUGAUACAACUGGUCAUUCUUCCUACCAGAGCAGCACAAAAGCGGUAAUGCCACCAUCUUCUGAUAGUGACAAGAAUUACUCCUCUGGCCCUGACACCUUUCCGUCGGACUUCACCGGCGAACUUUCCUCCGAAUCGCCGGCUUAGACGGCUUAGACGGGAGAAAGCUUCCGAGUUCAGUCGUGGAAGAACCCAAACCGGUACAGCCGGCGACAAUCACAAACGCUUACACGAAGGAAAACACAGAUGAGGGGAUACCAUCAUCGGUGCAAGCAUGACACGAGUGACAGUCAGUGAUGGCAAUAUGUUGAUCAAAUUCUGAUGCAUAUUAGGUGUUACGUGAGUGCGUUUUAUUCUUGGUAUCCCAUGAUCAGAACAAAUAUCCCUAUCCGCGAUUUUUUCAU